UGGCCAAGCGGAGUGGACAGCAAGACCUAAGCAAGUUCGGAUUUAAGAUCGCAAGAAAAAACAUUUCAGGAGACGCAGAGAUGAUGAUGGACUGUCGCUGAGGAUCAUGGGAAGGCUAAUGGAGCGUGGGGAAUAGAGAAAAUCAAUAAUCGUAAAUUAGAGUUAUUAUUUCGUUUUGGUUUCCCUGUUUAUUAUUUGUUCUGUUUUGAGUUGGAAAAAGGAAAACAAACACCAAUCCCUCAUUUUUUGGUCAUACAGAAAAACAGGAAAACGAAAUAUUGAGUGGUUCUUUUGUUUUUCGUUUUCCAGAUUGAAUGGAAUAAUUGAAUGAUUGGAUCAUACACGGACCUAGAGACUGGGAUAAGAGAGGUGGGUGUGUGGGGGGGUUGUUAGGGGGCAGGGCCGUAACCAGGAUUUUUCAAAUACCGAGGUCAAACAUUGCGAUACAUCUUAUUUGCCAAAAAGAAAAAGUCCUAAUAUGGUGACUUUUCAUACAUUUUGGAAACGAGUCAAAAUCACAAGCCCAACAAGAUGAACAUGUAGGUGAACAUGUUUAUUUUAACAAUUUCAAAACUGCACGAUCACAAAAGUAUUUUGUGUGUGUGAGUGAGUGAGAGAGUGUAUGAGAGAGUGAGUGAGUGAGUGAGAGUGACAAUGCAAUCUAGCCGAGCCUGAAUGGACUUCAAUUGCUUUUUAAAAAAUAUAUAUGCCCUUUUCAAUAGCAAAAUACUAUACGGUUAUUGGACAAAACCGACUAAAACGCUACAUUCAGAGACUGAGCCUCAUAAGAGGGGCGGGACAAGACUUCCCGAGAGGAGGCUCAUCUCCAGCUGCUGAUUGGAGGAGGAGCUGUGAACGCGGCUGGGCUGCUCAUGAUUGACAGAAAGCAGUCAGAGGUGGUACAUCAUGUUGUAAAUAAAAUGUGAACAUAAUAAGUUUGCUACCCGUUUUCAUUUCCGUUCGAAAAUACAACCAAUGAUCAAAACAAUAGUGUCUUGUGUUCACGUUAGCCUAUAGUCUGGUAAGUUAGCAAAAUAGCUCAAGUCUCGUCAGUAGCUAUCCAAUAACUUCAUAAACAACAGGUCACGACUGUCCAGCCUUUUCUGAUCUGAAACGCACCAAAUCAAAUAGAGAGAGAGAAUAAAAGAGUUUGUGCCGCCUGGAAAACGAAAAUCCUAUCUAGCUAAGUGGCUUCGACUGUUGUUGCUUGAAAUGCUAAUUAAAAUUGCACUGUUAAUGAUCAUAAGCAUUCCGGCACAUAACUGUCAGUGACUGGCAAAAUUAACUCACCUUCUUCCCUCUUUCUUUUUCUCUCACUUGUUGACUUUCCAGAGCUGAGUUUGGUUUGUUUUAGUGUAGUAGAAUUCUUCAUCUUGUGUCAAUUUUCAGAUUCCACGACUAAUUGACAAACUGACUGGCUGUGGAGUCGGACCUUGAUGAGAACACUUCUCAGCUCUUGUAUGGACCCUUUUCACGUGACGUCACGACAAACGCAGCCGCCAUUUUGGACAUGUACUACCAGUAGUUUACCACAGCCAGCAUUGAGGAACGGCAGCAAAAAAAGUGUUUAUUUUCAGCAAGACUUCCAUCAUGCCACUAUAUUGUUGUGCACCUGGAUGUAGUAACCAUCAACACACAAGGCAAGGGUUAUCAUUUUAUCGGAUCCCGACGGAGAAGAUGGAUAGCGGCCAUUAAAAAAAAUUAACAGAUUGGCAGCCCUCGGCAUACCAGCGCUUGUGUAGUGACCACUUUGUUGGAGGUAAGACGAAUAAAAUUAGCCAGAAAAGGCAUUACAUUGCUGUUAACAUUCUGUGGCGGCGAGUGUGUAACCAAAUAGGCUAAAAUAACCCAUUGUAACCUCUUUGUUCUUCUGUAGUAGCUAUUAGCUAACGACAUUAGCUAGCGUUGUGUUCCUUUGCUGUUGGUAGACUGUAGGACAGAUCAGAGGCAGUGUCCUACAAACAGCGCUUAAUUUGAGGGGAGCAAGCCGGAGCGCGCUCCGGAACCUCGGGCGUUGGCUCCGGCAGCUAUUUACACUGGAUCCGGUGAUCCGACACCUCUUUUGACUAUGUAACAAAAAAAAAAACCCAAAUAAUUAAAUAAAAAAAAUGCAAGUUUAUUUAGUGUUAAUGUCUGAUUUUGAUAUCUGCCUUGUUGGUGAUUUCUCUCAUGAAACGACAUCCACAAAAUAUCUGCAGAUGAACUUAAUUUGCAGUGUUAUUACAAAACAUGCCCAGAAGCGCAGCACCCCGCCCCCUUUUUUUCCGCACCGGAGCCGCUCAUCCUCUGCGCUCCAGGACCUCCCACUUUACAAAUUAAAGCACUGCCUACAAAUAAGUGUUCAAAACAAGAGGAACAUGUAUUUGUCUUUUAAAUCCAGGCCGUUCCCUGUAAUCUGUAACACUGGGUUGGAGAAAGUAAUGGCAAAUAGCGAGUGCACAAGCCAUAGAAGGUAAAUUGUACACAGCGCCAGGGCAGUGUGAUGGUAUGUCUACUUUUAGAUUGUGUUAGCUUAUCAAUGAACACACUCGUCACUCGACAAGUUUCACGUCUUUACGACGGAUAUGUAAAUGUGUGUUAGGUAUUAUUGUUGCAGUCUAAGCAGUCAUUGUAGCAGCUAGAUGAGCAAGAACCGAAAGGGUCUGUGCCAUAAACCAUUAUUUCUGUACGGCGUUGAUAAUGUGUCGUUACUGUUGUUAUUUCUCCCUCUGCUCGCCCUGUAAAUGCCCUACGUCGCUGGAUAGCGGAGGUGUUUUCUGCAUCUCGCUCCUUUUUCUUGUAUGUUCUCCGUUUGUCGCCUUCCUCGCAUUCAAACCAAUUCGAGCCGAAGUCCGCUACAUGUCCAAAAUGGUGGUCGCGUUUACGAAGGUCACAUGACUGAAAAGGGUCUAUAUCCCGUGGUGCUUAGCUGACUAUCGCGAGGCUGCCUAAUAUGAAAUGUUUCCAAUGUCGGAUAUUUCAGCUUCGUUUAAAAAUGAUUAUGUGGACUUUAUUUUUAGACAAACAAAUGAGAACAGGGGGAUGCAAGCUGAAUUUACAAUUUUCCACCGAUCAAAGUCAGAACGAUUUUCAUCAUAUAUUAAUUUCACAUUUCUGAGUGAAAAAAAAAUACCGUGGGGAAAAAAAUGCCGAGGACAUGACCUCGGUGUCCUCAAUGGUAGUUACGGCCCUGUUAGGGGGGGGCCCAUUCAGAGCAUUUUGUCCCGGGCCCAGCCAAAGCUGUCAGCGGCCCUGCUCGUUACUACCAUCAGUCGUCAGUAAACUGGAAAAGUAUUGAAUGAAGAGUGGUAACGACCGUUGGUAACCUGUCUCUAAAAUGUGUCAUAGGGGAUGGAAGCAAUUUAACACCAUCUACAUGUUUGCUGUGCUCUGAUUUUCUUUUAUUGACCAGGAAAAUAAUAGAUGUAUAUUGGGGAAAGGUCUUUGAUGUAAAAACUGCUCUGGGUGUUGCCAGGUUUCCAAUGCUGAAACAACUUUUUACUGCUUUGCUGUGCCUCCCACAUAGCAAUGCAGAUAGUGAGAGGGCUUUUUCAUUGGUUAGGAAAAUUCAUACUGAGUACAUAAAAAAUAUGGCUGCAGACGCAUUAACUGCAUAUCUGCAAAUUAAAAUGAACUGUGAUGAGGAGCUACAACUGCUGCCCAAGCAGUGAUAUUAUAGCUAGUGCCAAAUCUGCAACAUCUUUGUACAACGAAGAACACUCCAAAAAACAGUGUUGUUUUCGUUAAUGAUGACAAAUUAUUUUGUUAACGCACCUUUUUUCAUGACUAAAACGAGACAGUGAUGAGCUAAACAUAACUCUUUGAUCACGAAAAUAUGACGAGACUGUGGCAGCGGGAGCGUGGUCAAGCAUCGGUCUGUGACCGGAGGGUGGAGUCAGGGAAGGUAAGUGGCAGAAUCACUGCACCUGAUGUGAAUUAAUGUGUUUGUGUGUCUUCCCCAGUGACCGCGCCCUAUUUAAGGAGGGAGAGCGAGAGCAGAGGGAGCUCUUCCCCGAACCAGACGCCGGUUGUGUGUGUGUGUGUCUGUGUUUAUGUUCUGAGUGUUCACUGAAAAGUGUGACAAUAAAAAAACGGUUUACCAACCUGAACUCUGUCCUGCCGUCUUCUGUGCUCCGCCCCUGUGUAAGAACUGCUACAGUGGUGCUGAAACCCAGGAAUUAUUUUGGAGCACAGAAGCAGAACAGCCCCAUGGAGUCCUCCCCGUUCGCCGACCUGGUCCACGCCCUCGCCACGGCCCAGCAAAGCCAGCACCAGGCGCUAGUCGCCCUCCGAAAGGAGCAGGAACAGCGGUUCGAGGUCCUGGUGUUGGCUCAGCAAGAAGAUUGUCAGGCGUUCUGGCACCUCCUCGCGUCGGUGGGGUCUACCAACUCUCCCACCGCGGGCCCGUCCCCCCUCACCCUAACAAAGAUGGGCCCGCAGGAUGACCCCGAGGCAUUCCUCACGCUCUUUGAGCAAGUCGCAGAGACCUCGGGGUGGCCGAUGGAACAGCGCAUGGCACGCCUCCUCCCCCUGCUAACGAGAGAGGCGCAGCUGGCCGCACUACAGCCCCCCGCCGACCACCAGCUGGCCUACACUGACCUUCGCCGGGCCAUCCUCCAGCGUGUGGGGCACACCCCCGAGCAGCAGCAGCAGCGCUUCCGCGCUUUGCGCUUGGAGGAAGUCAGCCGGCCGUUCGCGUUUGGCCAGCAACUCUGGGACGCCUGCUGGCGGUGGUUGAGGGCCGACAACCGCGAUGCCGAGGGGAUCAUCGACCAGGUGGUACUGAAACAAUUCAUCGCACACUUACCAGCCAGAACCGCGGAGUGGGUCCAGUGCCACCGCCCGGCGUCGCUGGAUCAGGCAAGCGAGCUGGCGGAGGACUAUUUGGCGGCUGUCCCGAUGGCAGGACAGCAGACAGCCUCUUCUCUCCUCUCCUCUCUCUCUCUCCCCCUCUCCUCCUGUGUCUCAUCCUCACCCCAUUCCCCCACCGCAGAGGCAGGGGCCGGCGCCACCCCAGCCGGCCUGCCGCACCCGUGGUGCCCUCCCGUUUCUCCCUUCUGUGUCUGUCUCUUCCCCCCCCCUCAGGUGAGUGAGCCCCAGAACACCAGUGCGGAGAGGAAGCUCGGGCCGGUUUGCUGGCGCUGCGGGGAGCCAGGCCACCUCCAACAGCAGUGCACGAUAAUGGAGGUGGGCGCGGUGGUUCGGAUCCCUGACGCGCCAGGAGCCGCCCUCGAUCGGGCCGGAGUGUAUCGCAUAUCGGUGAGUAUCCAAGGGGAUACAUAUCAGGCGUUGGUGGAUUCUGGUUGUAAUCAGACCUCAAUCCACCAAAACCUGGUGCAAGACGAGGCAUUGGGGGGAGCACAAUUGGUGAAGGUGUUGUGUGUGCACAGGGAUGUUCACAACUACCCUUUAGUGUCGGUCCACAUUUUUUUUCAAGGGGAAAAAUUUAUAGUAAAGGCGGCGGUUAAUCCUCGCCUUACCCACUCGAUAAUUUUGGGGACGGAUUGGCCGGGAUUUGGGGAAUUAAUGAGUCAGCUAGUGAAGAGUGGGUCCUGCCGUAGUUUAAUAAGGGGAGGUCCCGGUGUCGCGUUGGCGGGAGCAGCUGUCACAGAGCCGUCUAUGUCAUCUCCGUGUCAGAGUGAGGAGCCGCUGGCUCCUCCUCUCUCUAUUGGGGAAUCCCUCGUGGAUUUUCUAUUAGAGCAGUCGCGAGACGAGACUCUGCGGCAUGCAUUUGACCAAGUGAGAGUAAUCGAUGGUCAAAUGCUCCAGCCAACCGCCACCCCGUCCUUCCCCUAUUUCACGAUUAUGAAGGAUAGAGUAUACUGAGUGACGCAGGACACCCAGACCAAAGAGCAAGUCACGCACCUUUUGAUUCCGAAGAGCCGCGGGGAAUUGGUAUUCCAGGCGGCUCACUUUAAUCCCAUGGCUGAACACUUAGGGCAGGAAAAAAAAACACUAGCCCGAAUAAUGGCCUGGUUCUAUUGGCCAGGGAUUCGCAGCAAUGUCCGUAGGUGGUGUACGGCGUGCCGUGAAUGCCAUUCCAGCGGCCAUUCCAAAAGCGCCUUUGCGCCCUCUACCGUUAAUCGAGGGAGGAGGGACCUUGGCCAGGGAUUCGCGGCAAUGUCCGUAGAUGGUGUACGGCGUGCCGCGAAUGCCAGUUAGUAAAUCCAGCGGCCAUUCCAAAGCGCCUUUGCGCCCUCUCCCAUUAAUCGAGACCCCGUUCAAAAGAAUUGGGAUGGAUCUCGUCGGGCCAUUCGAUCGGUCAACAUGAGGGUACUGCUUUAUUUUAGUUCUGGUGGACUAUGCAACGCGAUACCCGGAAGCAGUGCCCCUUCGCAAUAUCUCAGCACGCACUAUUGCGCAAGCGCUCGUCCGCAUCAUCUCCCGAGUUGGAAUCCCGAAAGAGAUUCUGACUGACCAAGACACCUCGUUUAUGUCACGUACAUUGAACGAACUGUAUGGGUUAUUAGGAAUUAAGCCAAUCCGCACCAGCGUUUAUCACCCACAAACGGAUGGUUUAGUUGAACGGUUCAAUUGCACCCUCAAAAAUAUAAUUAAAAAAUUCGGAAGCAAGGACGCACGUAAUUGGGAUAAAUGGCUCGAACCCUUGUUAUUUGCAGUGCGAGAGGUCCUACAAGCCUCCACGGGGUUCUCCCUGUUCGAAUUGUUAUAUGGGCAUAAGCCGCGUGGCAUUCUAGAUGUGCUGCGAGAAAACUGGGAGGCGGGACCUUCACCAAGUAAAAAUGAAAUUCAAUAUGUUAUUGACCUGCGCGCAAAACUCCACACACUCACACACCUAACCCGGGAGAAUUUGCAGCAGGCCCAAGAUCGGCAAACCUGCCAGUACGACAGGGGUACGUGCCUUAGGGAGUUCACACCGGGAGAUAAAGUACUCAUACUGUUGCCCACAUCGAGCUCCAAAUUGAUCGCCAAGUGGCAAGGACCCUUUGAGGUCACACGGCGAGUCGGGACGUCGACUAUGAGGUGAGGCAAAUGC